UAACAAGAUUCUUUCCUGAGUGAUCAUAAGGAGCGAGUGAAGUUCCUGAGUUGCAGAGAAACACCACAGCAGCAGAAAUACCACUACUAACUUUUCACAGCAAUGAAUAAAGAGCUUCAUGGUCAGCCUCGGCCAGAACUGCUUCGUUAACAGAAAACAGAUGUGCCCAGCACUCAGUGGUACGUUAAAUCAGAACACAGUUGGAAAAGGUCUGUUUUUACUAAGUAUUUGUUCCUUUUUCAUUCUCCCAGUUCCUCAUACCAGACGCGUUUCUCAUCAGUGACGACAAUUGCAACAUCAGUUCUUAUUGGCCACAUGAAGCUUCCUGGCAGAAUCCAACAAAACUGUGUUUGAAAUUUAAAAAUCUCAUAAGAGGUACCUUCAGCACAUUGCAGAGCCUGCUCCAGAAUAGAGUCUAGUCUAGAUAGUUUAGACUCCUUUGCCUCUCCAGCAAUCUGUUCUGUAGAAGUGAACAGUGAUUGAGAUACUGUUGUAAUAGAUCCUGUGUGUGAUAUGAAUACGCUGCUCAGCUGUGUGGAGCCAUUGGUUUUUGUUACCAAUGUAGCUAAUUCUCUCUUUGAUACGGCACUUUUGAUGGACGUAUAUGAUCGGCUAAAUGGGACAAUAGCUGAGAACAGUGACGUGGCCCAGAAGGAAGUGGCUCAGUUCUACAUGAUUUAUAACAUGGUCUACUCUCUGGCCCCCAUGCUGACAACGGUGCUGCUGGGACGGUGGGCUGAUAGUCAAGGCCAGAAGGUGCUGCUGGUUGUGCCUUUACUGGGGUACCUGCUAGGGAGAAGCUUGCUGCUAUUCACCCAUGUCUUCCACUGGCCAAUCAGUGUGAUGUAUGGAUCAGCUGUGAUUAAUGGACUUACUGGAGGGUUCCCUGCUUACUGGAGUGGAAUUAAUGCAAUUGCUGCCUUGAAUUCAGGAGAGGCAAGACGCAGCCUGCGGCUAAAUAUGCUGGAGGUGACAGUGGGAGUGGCUGGACUGCUGGGCAGUGUGGUAUCUGGUCACUUCUUCCUGAUCAAAAUCAAUAACGAGCAUGGUCUCCUGCUAAUCUGCCUGUGUCUGUCCCUGUACUUCCUACUCCUAUUGUAUUCGGCAAUCUUCCUCAGAUAUCCUGCUAUGCCUGCACAAGGACAGGUGCCCAUGGGGACGUGCAAUCCUUUGCAGAGAAAAUUCAGCAGAGAAAUGAUUCUUCUCUUUAUCUGCUACAUCCUGUAUGAUUUUGGAAUGACUGGUGGUGAAAAUAUAAUCUCAAUCUAUGUUCUGAAGCCCCCACUGAGCUGGGACCCAGUCUUUGUUGGCUACGGCAAGGCAGCCACCUUUGCCAUGUUUCUGACCAGCUUCUUUGGAGUUCUAUUUUUCUCUGGGCAUCUGAGUGAUUCCUCUCUGGUAUUAAUGGGCAUCAUCUCCAACACUGCUGGGCUUGUCACCAUGGCCUUUGUGAGAAGCACCGCCUGGUAUUUCAUUGCGCGGGCCAUGAUGCUGUUUUCCUGUAUUCCACUGCCAACAAUCCGGGCUCAGCUGUCCAAGCUAACCGACCGAGCUUCCUACGGUUCCACUUUUGCCUGGUUUCAGACUGCCAUGACCCUGACGGAUGUGAUUGCUGCACUCACCUUCAACAGCCUUUACAUUGCUUUCCUGGAGUGGUAUAGUGGCUUCUCUCUGCUCCUGGCUGCUGCAGUCUGUUGGCUCAGCACUGUCCCAAUUGUGAUAUACAGCUACAUACUGAGGAAGAGAGAUGACAGCGAGGGUUCUCACACAAACUCCACUCAAACAAUGGCCAUCGAUAACUUCUCCGAUCAAUUCUCUACCACCUCGUCCUCACAGUGAGAUAACAGGUUGAAAACGCAACUGGAUCAGUCAACUACUGUAUUAAAAUAUCCCCAUGGAUAAUGAAGCACUCUGAAAUUGUUAAUAAAGCUUAAAGUUUUCUAUUACUGUGCUAUAGAAACAGC